AUGUGGGAAGUCACGGGUGGCUCGGACAAGGGCGGGAUCCUGGUGCGGGAGGGCCAAGCGCUGUCCUCCAAGGCCUGCGACGAUCGGCUCUCCACCGGGGCGAAGGUGAAAGAGCUCCAGCUGGCCAGCGACCGGCUGCGCUAUGAGUUGGUGUCUGGCACCGGCCCGAAGACUGGCUGGGUCAGCACCAAGAUCAGCGGGAAGGAGCUGUUGAAGCGUGCCGACGGCACAGCAACCUCCGCGCCAACGUCCCCGGAGGUGGCGGUUCCGGACUUCGAGCAGCUCGAUGCGCCGGUGAUCAAGGGUGGCACGGCGGCGACUGGGAAGACGCCCUGGCUGAAGAUGCUGGGCAAAGCCAACCCCGGCGCCAAAGGGCGCCUGGUGAUCUUCUCCUGGACCGGGAACCGCGGCGGCCAGGGCUCCGCCCACAACUUCGCGCGGGCGCCGGGCAGGUGGUCAGAGCUGCUCAAGGACUUGGAGCAGUACGAGGUGGCUUAUCCUGGCCGCGGCACGCGGCUGAAAGACCCCCUCUACGAGGACUGCAAUGCCUACGUCAAGGACAUGACUGCGGCGCUGCAGGAGGCGCUGAAGGACGGGAAGCCGGUGGUGUUUCUGGGCUUCUCCUUCGGCGCCGUUCUGGCCACGGAGGUGGCCAGGCGCCUUCCGUGGCCGGUGGCCGCCGCGGUGCUCUGCAGCGCUGAGGCGCCCCAGUGGCCGGGCCGCGCCAACCUGGGCCUGGCGCAGCUCAGCCCCGAGAGGUUCGAGCAGAUGCUGCAUGACAAGGGCGGCACGGAUUUCAUCCUCAAAGACCCAGGCAUGAAGAAGAUGUUUGUGCCGGUAAUCAAUGCCGACUGCAAGCUAGAGGAGAACUACCGCUUUGACCCCUCACUGGGGCCGCUGAAGUGCCCGGUGCACGUCUUCUUUGGCACGAAGGAGGGCCACGACAAGAUGAAGACGCUAAUCAAGCCGGAGGACGCGGAGGGGUGGCUGAAGAUCUCCGCGUGCCAGAAGCUCUCCAAGGUUCAGGCUGUGGACUGUGACUGGUACCUCUUCCAGGACCCCAGCGGCUGCGACCCCGUGGCGGAGCGCCUGGCGGAGCUGACGGCGGGCUUUUGA